CGAAUAAUGUUAGUCACUUUGUUCCUACUCAUCACAUUAAUUUCUUAUCCAACUGUGUAUGCACUUGCGAGCAACCAUAGAACAACUGUGGCCAAUAACAAUGCCAGUGAAUUGAGGUCAUCAUCAAAUCUCCUGAACUGGAGAAACACAAUAUCACAAUGUGUUCGAUUGUAUACGGGACCAAAUCAACUUGGUGAUUGGUUCGAUAUAUGUGAUAGUAAUGAGCUACUCUCAUCCAUAUUUGUUUGGAGGGCACAAUCGAUGUGUACAUCUGUAAAUACGAAUCCAAUCAGAAAGAUAUAUUGGCUGAUAUAUGAACGAUCCCAUUUUACAGGACCUUACAUACUACUCGGUCCCAGUAGAUGCAUUGACGAUAUACGUCAGUAUAAAUUUUUGGCGACUACGUCAAUUCUCAUCUGUGUAGAAAUUGUACGAGCGAAACUGGAUGUUCUCGUUUCAUGUCAAUAUCCAAAACGACCGUGGAGGGAAUUUUUCCAAGUAAACUGGCAUUCUGACAAUAAAGUAACAUCUAAGCAAUCUGUUACAGUUGGAAUGAAAUCAGCUGAUGAAGUGAAGGCUUCCUCUAUGGAAAAUAUUAAUAGUUUGGUAGAUCUACAGAAAAACAGUGUCAACAAUAAAUGACUUCAAAUACAA